AUGACGACCAUCCCGGCAAGGCUGGCCAGGACCACCCAGAUCUCCCGCAACCUCGACGAGGCAAGGAAGAGGUCCGUCGCCCUCUACCGCGCUUACUAUCGAGGCGCCCCCGAGAUGUGCGCGCUCUACGCGCUAGACGUGCCUCCCUCGGUCAUCAGGGCAAAGGUCCGGACUCUAUUUGAAAAGAACCGCCACAUCAAGGACGUCGCCGUUCUCGACGUCAUGCUCCUCAAGGCGCAACAGGAUUACCAGGAGACCAUGAACGCAUGGAAGCAGGUCCCGCACAUCAUGAAGUGGUUUGCGGAGGAAGAGUCCGUCGCGCGACCGGAAGGCUUCUUGGAGAAGUUCUACUCGGGCCGAGACGAAGGGCGGGGUCCCACAGGCCAGGGACUCAACUGA